GGCUGGGCGCAGGGAGGUGACUGAGCAGAGCCGGGGGGACUCGCAGCAGCAUGAGGCUGAUGAGUGGCUGCGGCCGCAGGGGGCGCCUCCUCCUCCUCCUUCUCCUCCUUCUGCUGCUGGGCGAGGUGAGUGGCCAGCUGCCGUCGUGCCCCCCGCAGUGCGGCGGCCUCCCGUGCCCGGCCGAGCCGCCCACCUGCGCCCCGGGAGUGCCCGCCCUGCUGGACGGCUGCGGCUGCUGCCUGGUGUGCGCCCGACAGCGCGGGGAGAGCUGCUCCGAGCGCCAGCCCUGCGACCAGGGCAGCGGCCUCUACUGCGACCGCAGCCCCGGGACCGGCCGGGGCAUUUGCAUGGUACUGGAAGGAGACAACUGUGUGUUUGAUGGGGUUAUUUAUCAGAGUGGAGAGACAUUCCAGCCCAGCUGUAAAUACCAGUGUACCUGCAGAGAUGGACAGAUCGGGUGUGUGCCUCGCUGUAACCUUGAUCUCCUGCUCCCUGGACCUGAUUGCCCUUACCCAAGGAAAACUGAAGUCCCUGGAGAGUGCUGUGAGAAGUGGACUUGUGAACCUAAAGAGGAAGUGGCUUUGGGCAGUUUUGCUAUGGCUGCAUUUAGAAAAGAAGCAACUCUUGGCAUUGAUGUCUCUGACUCAAGUUCGAACUGUAUUGAGCAGACAACAGAGUGGAGCGCGUGUUCCAAAAGCUGUGGAAUGGGCUUUUCCACCCGCAUUACAAACAGGAAUCAUCAGUGUGAGAUGGUGAAACAGACACGACUCUGCAUGGUGCGACCUUGUGAGAGUGAACAGCUAACUGAUAAGAAGGGGAAAAAGUGUGUCCGAACAAAGAAGUCACUGAAAGCUGUUCACUUCGAGUACAAGAACUGCACCAGUAUCCAGGCAUAUAAACCCCGCUACUGUGGGCUUUGCAUUGAUGGAAGAUGCUGCACUCCACACAACACGAAGACAAUUCAGGUUGAGUUCCAGUGUCCCCAAAGCAAAGUCCUCAAAAAGCCAAUGAUGCUGAUCACUACCUGUGUCUGUCAUAACAACUGUCCUCAGGACAAUAUUUUCUUCCAGCUGUUAGAGCCCAUGUUCAGUGAAGUAAAAACAUAAAACACUUAAACCAGGUUACUUUUUUUAAAAAUUUAAAAUGUAGGAAUAGUUUCUAUGAUACUUAACCCAUGAUGAGAUGAGUGUAAUAUAGAAUAGAUAUAUAUGUAAUAUCCCGCCUCUUUCUAAACUCAUAUAAUUUCCUCCUACAUUCACAUAACACAUGUUAUGCAUUAGGGGAGGAAAAAUAUUAUUUCCCUAACUUGAGAGAAAGUUCAGUUUCAUGGAAUUUAGUUUCAUCUUUUGUAAAGACAAGUAAGUGAAUGACCAAUUUCUCUCCUUGGGAAAAUUUGGCGUUGACCUCAGUGGCAACAGGACAAGUCCUUUUAUCAUGCAUUUAUUAAAAUCCUCUUCCUGUUUAUGCAAAGCAUCCAUGGUCUUGACCUCUCAAUUUGCAUUAUGUACUAGCCCUGUUUCUACAUAACAUUUAAUUGCAAUAAGAACUAUUUUUUAUUAAAAAGCACAUAGUAUUUUUGAUGCCAUGUGCAGAGAAAGGGUGGCUUAGCUAACUCUUUUUACUGAGGCUCAAGUGCAACAUCUAGCUCCAAGAAUGCUAGAAAAUAGGUAUGACACACACAAGAUAGAUGAGAGACUUCAGUAAUCUGCAGAUACUUAAAGGCUUCACAAGCUGCCCAAUCCAAAUCCUACUGAAGUUGACCAUGUAAUAGUACUUAGCUCUCACAGUACCCUUCAAGGAGGGUCAGUAUUCUACCUGUAUCUUUACAGAUGGGGAAACUGACGCAUGGGGCAGUGAAGUGACUUGCCCAGUGUAAGGAUGUUAAAUAGAGGUUAUCUGGCUAAUCGUGUAGUCGAUACAAUUUGUACUGACUACACAAUGAGUCAAUAAGGACCCCUUAUUGGUCAAUAAGGACCCUUGAGCAGUCCUGGCUCAUGGAGCCACCCAUGCUACUGCUCUGCAUUUUAAAUGUAGUAAGAGCCCCUGGGCUUGUGCCAAGUCCAGCAGCCCCUGUUCACAGCCAGCCCUGGCCAGCACAAACAGGCUACUCUGCAAGCAGCGCCUGUUCAUGGCAGCAGUGGGCCCUACCCACGGGUGGUUGGGGGCAGCUCCUUGCUGGGACCCCUGCAGACAGGGGCUGCUGCCAGAGCAACUUCUGCCCAUGGCAAGACUCAGCCCGCCGCAGGCAGCCUCCCCUAUUAGAGGCAGUGGGGAUGGGCAGGCAACUCCAUGGAGAAGGUGCUAGGGGGAACUGGCUUUUAAGCCAGCUCCCCCCAGCACCAUCUCCUGUUCCCCCCUCCUCCUGCGUCCUGCCUCUCAGACAGAGGCAGUGGAGGGUAGGGGCGGAAGCAAGUCGACUACCAGAUAAGCAUCCCUCGCCCAGUGUCACCUAGUGGUCAAGCCAUGAAAACAAUCAUGGCUGAAUACUAUCCAGUUCUCUAGCUGCUAAGCAACACUGCUUCCCAAAUGUUAUUAGAGUAUUAGGCUGCAAACGUAAAAGGCUUGUAAAUUACAUUAAAGUGUUACUCUUUCUAUAUGUAACACGAUAUAUGUAAAUAGAAACUGUAUAUAUUGUAAUGUUUCUGUAAAUGUUUAAGCACUGAGUAAAUAAUACUGAGCUGAGACUUUUUCUUAGUUAUUUU